AUGUUCGAUACUGUGGAAAAAUUGGAUUCUAUUCAAUCAAAUGUAAAUUUAAUUAGUUUACUAUACGAAAAGAAAAAAAAGAACAGCUUCACAUGUGCAUACUCUUUAGAUAAUAUAGAAGCAUUGGAGUAUUUCCUAUCAAUGAAUGUAGCAACAUUUUUACCAAACUACACAAAUAAUAAAAAAAGUUUUUCAAUAUCAUCAAUUAAAUCAUUAGAAUUACUAUUAAAAUAUCGAGUAAAUAUCAUAGAACCAUAUAAUAUCAAUAUCAAUAAUAACAAUAACAAUAAUAACAUAACAGCAGCUUCAUCAUCAUCACCAUCAUCAUUCAGUUUAAACAAUAAUAAUUAUUACUAUUAA